AUGUCAGCAGAUAACAACAAAGGUGAAGGCAUUGCUCAGCCGGUAACUACUCUUGGAGAUGGUUACAACUCUUUCCGCCAGUCUGCCAUGCCCAGCCAGAUACAUGUGGGCAACAUGAACCCGGUGUCAGCGAGUAUUUCAACCAAUGUGUAUGUCUGCUUGACAAUGGAACAAACACUCUCUGCACUCGAUAUGAGCGCCGGAAUCGGCGCCAGCAUUUCAUGGGGCAGCUUCCAGGCCCGCAGGAAUUGGGCCCAUUCCAUGCAGACAACAACUUCCUCCGUUACAAUUCUAGUUGUGGCUUCCAAGAUCACCGGUGGCAAUUCUUUGGCUACAGCCAUAGGCCCAGAUCCCGCACCGACCGACGCACUGGACUUGUACACUCGCGGAGGUGAUUCAUAUAUCUCGUCAAUCAGUAUGGGAGGGCAGUCAAUGGCGGCGUAUAACUUUGUCGCAUAUAAUGAAUCCACUUACAACAGUGUCGUUGCUCAGGCAGACAGUGAUUUUUCAGUUUGGGGCGGCAGCUUCGACGCUGAUUUUGCAGUCAAGAUCGACAACAUCCGCCAGAGAACCAACACGACUUACAGCUUCAGACAGUCGGGGGUGGGCUUUUCGACAGCGUUACCGACACAUGACACUUUCGUCAAGUGGGUACUUGGCUUCGGUAAUCUCGAGCUGGACAGUCCAACAAUCUUGGAAUUCUCAACACAAUCUUACUCCACCUUGAAGAGAUGUCCAACGGACUUCGGGACAAUCAAUGACUACCGCCAACAAUGGGAUGGAGAUAACGAUAUCGACCCGGCAAAGGGCCUGUCGAGUAUUGUUGUGCAAGCGCAGUCUAUCAUCCAAAUUAUCAGAGACACAAGGCAGCUCUACGACUUUUACGGAUGCUUGCCUGUUGACCCUAGGCUUACAACAACCAAUGUCAGUCUUCAAAAGAUCCUUGCACAAUUACUUGACUGGCGAACAAAAGUCAGCAAGGCGCCAACAACGCCCGGUGUACCACUUCUAGUAUACCAAUCAACCGAUCUCGAAUAUCCUGUGGCGCAGUGGGGCCUUGCCGUCUCGUCACCAGUCUCCAUCACUGUUAGGUCUGGUGAUUCAAUCGACAACAUUGAUACCUGGUAUUUCAUGCAACUAGGUGAUCAGCACGAUUAUUCGGUUGCACAUGGCGGUGGCGGAGGAGACAAAAAUGAGUCAAUGGAUCUCGGGCCAGGUGACACCUUCCUCUCAGGCUUCUCUGAGUGGUGGUGGGGAGAUGACUCUCUCAAGAGCAUCAAGAUCGCCACCGUGUCUAACCCGGGUGGUAAGAUUAUGGGCAGGGGAGAUACCAGCAUAUGGAGGGGAUACACUAGGAGAGCCAAUACCUGCUGUGUCGGCUUCGCUGGAGCGAGUGACGACUAUCUUCGCUCUCUGGCGAUCCAAUACGUCAAAUUUCUGCCCUGCUCCUGGCGCAAUCCUUCUUCAGUGUACAUUGGAUCUAAUCGUCCUCGCCUUGGGCACCCCGUUCGCGAAACCGUCGACAUUAAGCGUUUCGUUAAAGACUUCCUCGUCGCAAGAUGGCCCAUAGAUCAACAGAUCUACCAGCAGAAGGGCGGCUGGGAAGGUUGGCUCCAGGUCGAGCUGGCAAAUAAGUGGCUCAAUGAUUACGGCUAUACUUGGAAACCUGAACGCGAGAGACACGUCUACGCAAACCUCCCAAGUGCCGCCGCAGAUCUAACUCCCACGAAAGCAUCUUCCAUCUCGCAUGUCAUUGAGUUGAAGACAGGAGGAGAAUACCGUGAUGACGCCAAUGGUAACAACCUCUUCAGCAGCAUCGCGGAUGACAUCCGAAAGAUCGCGACAGGCGGCGUCAUAGCUGAUCUGGGCCGCACUGUACUCUUCACUAUUGGGGUUUGCGUUAGACAAGAUAUUGCCACAAAAUAUGGUGCGAAUUACGCGUGGGCUACAGCGUAUCCGCGUCCACAGAUGGCGCGUGUCCCAAUGACGGAAACCCCGGGCCCGGAUGGGACGUGGAACUUCGAGUUGUAUAUGUGGAUUGCGAAGUAUCAAAACUACACCGAGGAUGGGAAGCUGUUUGAUCAUUUUGUUCCCAUUCCUAUUUCAGACUCUGAUGGAUUUGCAGAGAAGUCAUAA